GAUAACUCUAGCUUCUUUCCUUUCCUCAUCCCCUUUCUUUUCCCUUCUCUUUUGUCCGCUCAAAAGGCACGUGCUUUUGAGCUCAUCCUUUACCUUCUUCCUCUCUCUCUUGGGAGCACAAGGGCCAUAAAGAUGAGCCAAGAAGCUCAGAAAAGAGACCAAAGGAAUUGAGGAGAAACAAAGGGAUAAGAAGAGGAAAGGAAGGAAAGGAGGAGGACAAAGGAGAGGAGAAAGAGAAGAAAGGAAGAGAAUAAAAAGAGAGCAAAAGGUGGAGAGGAGAAGGGAAGGGAAGAAGAGAGAGAGAAAGGAUGGCGGAUAUGAGAGGGAAGAGAGGAGAGAAAACAGGGGAGAAGUCCAACUUCUCCGUCACCUGCAGCCGGCUGAGCAGGUACUUGAAGGAGAAGGGCAGCUUCGGCGAUAUCGGCCUCGGCGUCGCCCCUCGGCCUCUUGAACAAGCUAAAGGAAUAAUUCAGGCGCCCACCACCAUGAGCCUGAUGCCGGGAGUUGCUGUGUCGGCAGAAGGCCAUGCCCACAAUGGCUCAGACCAACCUUCUCCAAAAUCUAUGGAGCUUUUUCCCCAGCAUGCCGGCUUUGACUCCCUUGCUGUCUCGGCUAAGAAGGAAUCCAGCGUGAUCUCCCAUAAUAAGGAGCCAGAGAAGAAUCAAUUGACAAUUUUCUACGCUGGAAAAGUAUUGGUUUUGGACAAUUUUCCAGCAGAAAAAGUUGGGGAUUUGAUGCAGAUGGCAAGCAAGGAGAGCUUGGCUGCUAAGAAUUUGAGUUUUACCACCCCAUCCUCAACUACUGCAGCAAGACUUGAGUUUUCUCACCAACAUAGUUCUAAUAUUGCAUGCAACUCCGGCAGCCAAACUUUGAUGCUUCAAGACAGCAUGCCAAAACCUGCCCAAGCCAAUGCUUCAGAUAUGCCCAUAGCAAGAAAGAAUUCCCUCCAUAGAUUUCUUGAGAAGAGAAAGGAUCGGAUUAGCACCAAAGCCCCGUACCAAGUGAAUGCUUCCUCUCCGGCGGCAGCAGAAGCAACCAAGCCAGAGCAUAGCAAGUCCUGGCUUAAUUUGGGUCGAGCAGCUUCAAAGCCAGAGCAGAGCUCUGAGUCGAAGGGGUAAAAGAAAGGAGAUGUUGUUCAAAUCUCUGAAGCAAAGUACUAUCUGACUUUAAUUCAGUCGUUGCUCUGUUGCUUAUAAGAAGAAAGGGGAUGGAUGUACUGCAAUGUAGAGAGAAAUGAAGGACAAAUAAAUUGAUGAUGGCAAUCAUAUGUAUAAAUGUUUGUUAACUUAUAUUAUUGGAUUUGCAUUUUCUUC